UGAAUGGUAUAAAGUUGUCACCUAAUUUGAACACGACUGAGUUAUUAUGAUUUAUUUAUUAAAGCCAAAAAAGAAAAACGAGUGAGCAAUGCACACAACUGACAUCAAUGUCUUUUAUAUAAUUUAUAAUCAAGCGGAUAUUGAGACGAAGAAACGAUAAUGCCAAAAAUAAGAACAAUAAAAAAAGCAUCAGCAAGAGGAAGAAUAAGAGCAGCACAAGAAAGUGAAAGAGCAGCACAAGAAAUUGAAAGAGCAGCACAAGAAAGAAUAAGAGCAGCAUAAAUAGAUGCAAAAAGAAUGUCAUUAAUUUGUAAGAUACCACAUACAUUUUAGGUUAAUAAUCUUACUUGAAACCACUUCGUUAUACCUACUCAAACAAUUUCAUUAUGCUGGCUGAUACUUUCCAUGAAGAAUGAAAUCUUGUUGCAGUUAUUAUUAGUAGAUAUAUAGUAAUUGUAGGCAUUAUUCACAAAAAAAAAUUUCUAAAUUUUAUAAAAGAAGAGUCAUUUCUUAUAAAAGAAUUUAAAACUGAUUCUUGUAGCAUCUGUUUUCAUUUUUUCCAUUAAAACAAAUAUUUACAUUAAUUAUUUAUAUAUAAACAACAAUAUUUAUGUAAACAAAAUAUUUAUAUUACAUUAAGCUUAAUAACAUAUUGGUUUUAAAUAAAAUUGAUAUAUUUAAAGUCAUUAAUUGCACUAUAAGAAAUAAUUAGAAGUGGAAUAAUCAAGGAGAAUUUAAUACGGCAUAUGACAAAAAUAAGAAUGAAUAAAGAAAUUCCACUGACUUUGGAAUGGAUGCCACAGAAUACGUACAUACACAAUUCCUUGGAUCAUCUGUUGCCAGAAGAUCAAAAUCAGCGCAAUUUUGUAUUCAUAAAACAGGAAACAGAGUUCCUUGAUAAUACUUUGAAUACUGUACAGAAUGUUUGCACAGUGCGUCUGCAUGAAAUUUCAUCUAAAGAGGACAAGGAAAUCAAGCAACUAAAUAACCAUUCAAAUGCGACACUUUCUCUAACAGACUGUCCAAGUGAAUCUCCAAAAAAACUGACUGAAGUUCCUGACAGAUUAUUUAACAGAGGCCGUGUUGACGUGAUAGAGAUGUCGAUGGAUCCGUCUGGCUAUAAAUACAUCUUUAUUUAUGAAGAUCAGCAAUCCAAGUUUACUACACUAAAAGCUCUACGCAGUGAUACAGCCAAAGAGGUUGCAACAAAAUUGUUAGAUGUAUUGGCGAUUUUAGGGGCACCGCAGGUGCUGCAGAGUGGCAAUGGAUCUAAGUUUGCUAAACAAGUUGUGUAUGAGUUACGUACACUGUGGAACGAUUUCCUCAUAUUGUACGAGGACGCGCCUAAAUGUGAAGUUAGCUGCAAGAAUUUUAAAAGCUCGCUUGAAUCCUGGAUGAAAAAGAAUCCGACCAGGACAUGGCGUGAAGGGCUGAAUUUCGUGCAAAUUCUUCAUAACACGACAUAUCGUUGUAAGAACGGCAAAGUCCCGUGCGACGUGUUGUUCGGACGAAACAUGCGCGACAGAUUUCCUGAAGUCGGUACAGAGACAGGUACGAAGGAAGAAUGGGUCGAAUGUUCGUCGAGUAGAAAAAACGAAGAUACGAUCGCAACAACAAGAGACACGCAGAACACAUCGGAUGAUGUCAAUGUACGGAUAACGAAUGACGAAGAGACCAACAACACGCAAAGCGCACAGAGUCAAAAUAAACCUACGAAGAGUAACGAUUUAAACUAUUUGAACGACUCCAGUCUCGUUAACAUGAAUGACAAAACUCUUGCAAACAAUACGCGAACGAUUCAUCCGACACGCAGCGAUGAAACAAAUGUGAAAGACGAAUUGAAAGUCGAGGACGCACAAUCUCUGAAAUGCAAAUACUGUCAGAAGCAAUACAUGAAACUGGGCCAUUUGAAAAAUCAUAUGAGGAAUCAUAAGACGGAACGGAUCCUCAGAUGCAAACUAUGCAGUAAAAAAUUCAGCGUACCGAGGUUGUACGUCAAGCAUAUGAAGCAAUCGCAUGAUAAGCAGGAUAAGUUGCCCGAGAUAGGGAGAGAUUGUGCCGUCCGAAGAAGCACCAGAAGCAAUGUCAACGCUGUCGCGAGAACCGAUGAAGUAAAGGAAGAAGUUCAAGAGUCGCACGAGAUAUCAGAUCUCAACGCAAUGAAGGAGGAUCGGGACACGUCAUCGUUGGACGUUGUCGUCGGGGACUCGUGCGGCAAGACCGUGAAGAAUUCGAAUUCCAGCGGCCGACGGAAAUUGUCCGCGGACAGCCGAGUGUCCAAGAUACAAUGCACUCUGCAGUGCACAUACUGCAAGCAGAAGUUCAGCUUCCCGAGCGUGCUGGAGAGGCACAUGCGAUCGCACACGAACGAGCGGCCGUACGUGUGCGAGGUGUGUAACAAGAGCUUCAAGCAGCUCGGCCACCUAAGCCAGCACUCGCUCACGCACAAUGAUUAUCGCUCGUUCCAGUGCACAGUGUGCGGCGUCAAGUUCGACUCCCUGGAGACGCUGAAGGAACACACGCACUCGCACCGCAGUGACGCGAUCACGCCAAAGAUGCGUGACGUGUACCGUUUGUUCGAGUGCGACAGCUGCAAGAAGGUCUUCACCACGAAGAGCGUGCUGGAGCGGCACAUAUUCACACAUACACAGGAGCGCCAGUUCGACUGCAAAGUGUGCGGCAAGCGUUUCAAGCAGGCCGGUCACGUGAAGUCGCACAUGUUGGUGCACACGGGCGAACGUCGCUUUCAAUGCACUGUCUGCUCCAAACGCUUCAGCCUGUCAAACUCGUUGAAAAAGCACAUGUACGUGCACAACGGCGAGAAACCGUACCAGUGCGACGUGUGCGGCGCGCGUUUCCUGGAGAAACGCAACCUCAACGGCCAUCUGUUGACACAUACCAACGAGCGGCCGUAUUGCUGCAAGAUCUGCGGCAAGCGCUAUACUCUGGCGGACACGCUGCGCCGACACGUGAGUGCCGCGCACGAGGAUGGGCGCACCUAUCAAUGCGAAAUCUGCGCCAAGAUGUUCAAGCAGCUGGCGCACUUAUCGGUGCAUAAGAAGGUGCACAACGACGAGCGGCCGUUCCAGUGUCACCUCUGUGAGAAGAAUUUUAAGCAUAAGAAUGUGCUCAAGUCGCAUUUGGCGAUCCAUGCGAACGUCCGACCGUUUGAAUGCGACGUUUGCAAGGCCACGUUCGUCCGAAAGACGAAUCUGCAGACGCAUAUCUCGUCCGCGCACAUGAACGAGCGUCCGUACGUCUGCACUAUUUGCGGCAAGCGCUUCAAACAGAUCAGCCACUUGAACGGCCACGUGGUAGUGCACAGCAACCUAAUGCCAUACAAAUGCGACUACUGCGACCGCCGCUGCAAUCGCCUGGACAAUCUGAAGAAACAUAUGCGUCUGCACACGAAGAACAAGGAGUAGAAACGAACACGCAGGAGGCGUCCCGUGAACGAGGCGAAGAUAUCGGGUUUACCUGACACGCGCAGCUGAAUCUCUUAUCUUUUAGGUGUAUCUUAUCUACAGAUACUCGCCGUCUCUCGAGUAAGUUCGUCGUGUGCAAUUGUAAGAUUACAAGUGUGACGUUUAAUUCCUCGUAGAUAAUAAGAGAAGUUCGACAAAAGCUCAUGAAAUAUUGUACAUCGUAUUUUUUCUCUUAUUACAUUUGACAUCACUUCCGCGUCGAUCCAGGAAAGAUCUUAUGAAAGUCCUCGUGAAGGACUACUUGUUAUAUUAUCGUGAUUUUUUUAUAUAUUAAAUUAAGAUCUUUAGUUACUCAUUGUGAAACUCUUGAUUGAUGAUGUCAGAAGCGAGGAAACGAAUACUCAAAAUUCUUCUGAAGUACGUCGAAAUAAAAAAACAUGUCCAAAAAAUUACGCAAUCGAUUAAGCGAAUUUCUAAGAUACUUCAACUUUCACUUUUCUUUUGGUCUAAUAGUCAAUAAAUCACAAUCACCGUAAAAUUAACGUGACAACGCGAUCUACCUGUUUAAUUUACCUUAUAAUGUCAUGUUAAUUUUACAGUUAUUGAUUAUUAGGAAAAUGCCCAGAUUAUUUUACAUAUCUGUUCAAUCGAUUGCAAGUGUCAUUUUAUGGAUAUAUCUUUUCACUUUUUUCUAUGUAUUUUGCAAGAAUUUUUAACAUAUAUUUUCUCGUUCUUUUGACGUCGUAAAUCAAAAUGGUCACGGCGAGUUGCCAGGAACCUUAAGCUUCUAUUUUGCUUCAUCUUGUUUGGAGGACAUGAGACGAAUUAAAUUUUAUAUAUACGUGGCCGAUAUAUGUGUGUCAUACGUGACACAGGAUGUUUAAAGAACUUUGAAGGGAACUUCUAGAAGUUUAUACUGAAAAUGGAAUACUGUUUUUAUACACUGCGUGUACUUAAAGCAGAUAGAUAUUUAACAACAACGUUGCAUUACAUAAUAUAAUGAAUUGCUUUUUUUUUUUUAAGUAAAUGUACUGAAAUCUGUCCUGUCUUUAAAAUAAGUAUUUAAAGGAAGGACACUAAACUAAGAGACCCACACAGCAGGAAUGUCCCAAAUACAUCAUAAGGAUAUCUUGAAGAUAUCACAUAUCCCAAAUAUAUCUUUAGGUCUUUAUGAUAUAUUUUGGAUAUCUCUGCUGUGUAGGGACAAUAUUUGGUCAUAACAUGUUCAUACUUAUUGCUCAAUAAAUUAAUAAUCAAAGCUUUCGAGUAAAUCUUGACGAUAGCAAAGCAGUACACUUUGUAAGCUCGAUAAGCUCCGAGUACAUAUGUAAGUUCACCGCUGCAAUAUAUGAGAAACAUAUGCAAUAAAAGCAGUUUCUUCUUUUACAUAAA